AUGAGCAGCCCUAAGCAGGCAGGUCGCGCGCCGAGCUCCGAGCUUCCUUCCUUCCCGGCGCAGCUCGUUACGAGCCGAGAGUGUCUUGCGGCGGACGGAGUGUCUCCGCGGGCGCCCGGCGGCGGCGGCGAGCCUCGCGCCGCCCGCCUCGAUGCCGCGCGCGGCCGCAGUGCGCCCCCGCCCCGCGCACCCCGCUGUCCAACCGCGAACCCCUCGCGACGCGCACGCAGCGCCGCGCCCGUGAUACCGAAGUCUCUGCCUGCCCCGCGCCUGCGUCCAGUGUUCCUCUGGGCCCGCCAGCUCGACGGCACCGUGCAGGAAGUCCACUGCGAAGACUACGAUUCGAGAAACCGUAUUCGUAUAGCUCGAACUCCAGACGGUUGGCGCGUCAUUCCGCGCACGGAAAUCUACAACUCUAUCAGAGUGCCCCCGCCUCCCCCUGCGCCUCCCCGCCGGCGAAAUCCGCGGGAAAGACGCCGGCGCAAGCGCCGCGGCAACUCGCGUCGAAGGCCACGUUCGACCGCCCCGCCUGUAGAAGUGCCUCCGCCUGCACCUGUGACUUCACCGUCAGCUGAACAGCAGUGGCUCACUCCAGAUCUGGAGUCACAUAUACCAUCUCACACCAUUGCGGUGCCGCGGCAAUUACCGCCAGAAGCGACGCCGCUUGACAACUUGCUGGCAGUCGCUGAACUCGAAUUCAAUCAACAACAAAACGAGGGCUCCCUCGAGCCUACCAGCCCAUCCUCAUUCGGGUUCUUGCCACCUGAAGAAACUGUGCGUGAAACUAUGUCUUACGAAAUAGGUCAACAGAAGGCAACGGAUGAUAUGUUCUACGAGCGCAAAGCGCCGUUAGAAAGAAGUGAAGAAUUCCCUGGAGAUAUGUCGGAACAUAAGGACUUGUUUGAAACCAUUAGUGAAGCCCAUUAUCUACCUGAACUCGCUGGGCCACAUGAUGAGGCAUUGCUUGAGUCUCUUGUUGAAAAAGGCUGUGAAGAUAAUCAGAUUUUAGGACAAGCGCUCGAUAAACUCGCACAUCUUGUGCAGGCGUCAGGUGAGUAUCCAGAAGAAGAGGAGGACAUGUUACUUGGAAACGCUCCAGUGUCUGAUAUUAUAGAAAGGUUAGAACAGUCUCUCGAAUCUCCCAGCCGUAGCAGUAUGACUGCUGCUCAAGGGCUGUUGCAUCUUCACCACAUAGGUGACCAUCUACAGCAGUCAGAUCCAGGGCAGAUCGAAAACCACACUUACAUUUCGGAUGAUGUAUUCGUUCCUGAAGAAGCGGCGCAAUGUGCUCUCGAGAGUCUCACAGCGGCGUCAGAGAUGCAAGAAGGUAAUGAAAUAAAAGAUAUUGAUUAUAAAAUGGAGGAUAUUGACAACAAAAAUGAUAAGAGGCUAGAUAAUGAAAUCGAUGCAACCGACGAAGUCGAGUCGAUGUUUAUUGACCCAGUACCUGAUUCGAAUGAAAACUUUAUUGAUAAGCACUUUGAAGAGCCACAGGCGCCAUCGUUACCGGAUCAAAGUGAAGUUAUGUUACCAAAUGAGGCGCCGGAAGAUGAAUUAGUAGAACAAAUCUGUGAGCCAGUGUUACCGAAUUGUGAAAAAAGUGAAGGUGAACCCAGUGUUGUACAGAAUGAAGAAGUUGCUGAUGCAGAACAAGAUGACUCGCAGGUUGUUAUUAAACAGGAACAGCCAACAAUUAAUGAUGAAAGUGUACCAACAGAUUUAAGCGUCGUAAACGUAGAUAAGGCUCCUAGUCCGUUUAUGUUAAAUCACAAUGAAGUAACAAAUACAUUAGAAGAUAACAUAUCAGAAAAAUGUGACGAACAACCAAAAGAUCUAAGUGUACAUAAAAGGUUGCCAACACCGGUAGCUUCGCCACGGCGCACAGAUUUACCGCGUGCGCCAUCCCGUGAGUCUGAUGCGAUGCAGUCACCGCAGCCCAGCGGCAUCCCCGCCGUUCCUUCUUCACCGGAGAUAUUUACAAUGCCACUUACAAAAAAUAAACAAACAUUAUUCCUGGAAACUCUUUUAUCAUCGCCGUCACCAAAAAUGUAUACAUCAGAAGUAACGAUUACAAAACAACAAUGUGAACCACUGAACUUAGGAAAACAUAGAAAGUCAGCGAGCCCCACUGUGUCGAGUUGCUCUGAUGAAAUAAAAAAAUUGAGCAAGGAAUUUGGGGAACCGCUAGAGAAGAAGUCGCGACGAGAAUCUAUUGAUGAUUUAGCGAAAAUAAGUAAAGUUUUUAAUAAGUGUAGUGAAGAUCCUGCACCGAAGAAACCAGACCGGCCUACUGGCAAGCCUACCGAUGUGAAUACUCCUUUGCAGCAGUUAAAUAUUUUGAAGUCUCGCUCUGACUACACUCUGCCCGAUCCAUUGUUAAUUCCUAAAGAUAAACUGGAAGCCAUUUUAGCGGCACCGGCCCGCGAGAUUCCUGCGUUACUCAUUCAGAGACCAGAAUUGAGGUUACCUGCAACUUUCGCCUUCCCAGCUAUUUUGCAGGACCCAGAUAUACUGGUUGUGUCCUUGACACAAUUAGAACAUGUUUUAAUAGAAAGAGAAUCCAAACCGCUAACGUCACCAAAAUCAAAAGACGGCAAAUUAUAUUCAUCAAAAGGGAAUGAAAAGGGCGCACUUGAUCAUGCGGGUCAGCCAAAACCUAUUCCUUCAAUGGAUGCACUAGCGGGUGAUAUCGAUGCGGCCACUUCCGCGGCUCUAAACCAAAUGUUAUGGUUACCAUACCUUAGUCAACUGGAGGCGAUGGCGGCUUGUUCUCAAAAUAUGGACUUUAUAAAAGCUUUAAAUUCUUCGGGAUAUAACGGGUCAAAUUAUCCAGAAUUAUCUCAAAUGUUCAAUCCGUCCGCUCGUUUUAUGGGUGCGGGUGGAUUCCCGGUGAUGCCCUCAAUGGACUACGACAAUCGCAUGCAGUUUGCGAUGUGGCAGGAAGCCAUGUCUCACGCCAACGCCGCGUCCACGCACAGAACGAAACCGCCUUCUGUUGCGGAGCAGCUGAAGGAGUUGUCGAAGUCUAGCGACGUGCAGAACCCAUACGUACAUUCCACUAAGAGUCAAAGCAAAACCCACUCGUCGGCUCGGACGAGCCCGAUCGCUCACAACUACAGCAACCAGCGUGCGAUGACACACAACCCCUUCCUUCAGAGCAUGUACCCCGGCAUGAACCCGAACAUGAGGCCAAAUAUGCAAUUACCGGGUCUGCAAAUACCGUACUUCAAUCAGCAAAUAAUGAGUCAGCGUUCACCACGGACGGGACAGCAGAAGAGUCCUACGUCUCCUUACUAUCCGAACAAUAAUUACCUUCAGUCAGUGAAACAAUCGGAGCACGGUCAUCAGCGGAGUAACAGCACAAGCUCUCAGGAGUCGCCGCGGCCGCGGAUCAGUGUAAAAUCGCUGCAGAACCUGUUGGAGCCGUCCGCUGCGGCUGCGUCGGGGGUGGCCGCAGCCAGGAGGAGCUCGGCCACGCCGAGUGCGGCGCUGGGGCGGCGGCGCGACGAGCCGGAGGUGGGCAGCACCACGCCGGGCGAGCCGCCGCCGCACCACCUGCCACCGCACCCGCACGACCCCGCAUCUUUCCACCUCUGGCAUCCGCUGUUUGGCAAGUGAGUAUUUCAAUUAUUCUUACGCAUGUAAAACCACCUAUAU